AUGGAUAACUUUUAUCCUAACUAUUACGAUCAAUCCCAGCAGGGAAGAAACCCGCCCAGAUCGGGGGUGAAUCCUCAACAACUUACUCCAGUUGGUUAUCAACAACCUGUUAGUCCAAAAUAUGAGUUCACUCAACAACCGCAAGGAUAUCAGUCAUCACAACAACGAGGAUACCAGCAAUCUACGUAUCAGCAAGGAUAUCCAAAUGAUUAUGAGAGAGUCACGCCUCCUAUUGACCAUAACCAACUUCGAAGGCAACCAACUAAUGGUUUUGGUUAUGACAAUUUUGGGGGAGAAAAUUACGAGCAAGUAUAUAACGAAAAAUAUGAAAAAAGAAGGUCCGCUCGUCAUGUCGAGCUUACUCAUGGAAAUUUAGUGUUAGAUUGUCCAGUACCUGACAAAGUACUUCGUAAUGUCAAAUACAGUGACAGUGAAGAAUUUAGUACUAUGCGAUAUACUGCUGUCACGUGCGAUCCUGAUGAUUUUAUUCAAAAUAAAUAUCUUCUUCGACCUCACAUUUAUGGUCGAAAAACUGAACUUAUGAUUGUUAUGACCAUGUAUAAUGAAGAUGAUAAACUUUUUAUCAAAACAAUGUCUUCUGCUAUCAAAAAUGUCGCUCAUCUUUGUUCAAGAUCAAAAUCUAAAACAUGGGGACGUGAUGGUUGGCAAAAAGUAGUCGUGGUAAUUGUAUCUGAUGGUCGUAAUAAGAUCAAUAAACGAACCUUGAAUGUUUUGGGUGCUAUGGGUGUUUAUCAAGAUGGAAUAAUGCAAGAUAAUGUUGAUGGAAAACCU